UUCUAUAAUCUUAGUGAAGUAAGUAAAAUCAAACAAAAGAGAGAAAAAACCAGGGCAACACGCUUUGGAAGCUCUUGUGUGCAUUAAUACUAUAUACACACGACUAACCACUUAGUUUAUUAAUAUUUCUGGUGAGUCGGUUCAAGUUUUUUUCUUCUUCGCUUGUUGUCUUUUGGCUGAAAAAUCAAGCUGCUCCAAAAGAAUUUAUGUUGAUUGUUCCUCCUUGGCUGUGCUCUAAAAACAAAAACUCGUUUGUUUUCUUCUUAAUGGUUUGGUUUGUACUAUCUGAAAAACCCUCUUUUGAAAGUUUGCUGUUUCCUUCUGCAGACUAGUCUCAUUAGCUACUGCUGCUUUCUUCAAAUAUAGCUAGUUAUUAUCAAUUUAUAUCUAAUGUUGCCCGGUGACCCCUUUUCGCUAUCCACUUCUCUUGCUGCUGCUGGGUUCACCCAAGACCAAAACUUAAACUCCAUCGCAAACCCUAACCCUAAACCUAAACCUAAUAGUAAUCCCCCUCCAGCCACCAACAAGAAGAAGAGAAACCUUCCAGGAACACCAGAUCCAGAUGCGGAAGUCAUUGCUCUUUCGCCGAAGACGCUCAUGGCGACGAACAGAUUCAUCUGCGAGAUAUGCAACAAAGGAUUCCAGAGGGAUCAGAAUCUUCAGCUGCACAGGAGGGGACACAACCUGCCAUGGAAGCUGAGACAGAGGACGAACAAGGAGGUGAAGAAGAAGGUGUACAUCUGCCCGGAGAAGAGCUGCGUCCACCACGAGCCGGCGAGGGCGCUGGGCGACCUGACAGGGAUCAAGAAGCACUUCAGCAGAAAGCAUGGCGAGAAAAAGUGGAAGUGCGAAAAAUGUUCCAAGAAGUACGCUGUCCAAUCUGAUUGGAAAGCUCACUCCAAAACCUGCGGCACCAGAGAAUAUAAAUGUGACUGUGGCACCCUCUUUUCCAGGAAGGAUAGCUUUAUUACUCACAGAGCAUUUUGCGAUGCAUUGGCUGAGGAGAGUGCGAGGCUGAACUCGGUUUCUACGUCGACGAAUCUGAGUUUCAAGAGCGAAGAGGCAACAACGCAGCAGGGAGUUCUGAAUAAUAAUGUUGGGGGCGGAGUUGGAUUUCGAUUUGAUUUCAAUAAUGAAAUGGGAAUGGUUGGUGCAGAACAAGAACAAAUUAUGAGGCCAAACUUGUCACUGUGGUUGAACCAACAACAUGGAAACAACCGUCAUCAGAUUAAUCAAUUUGAUAUGCCAUCAUCAUCAAGCUCUCAUCAUCAAGUUAUGCACAUGCCUAUGCCUAUGUUGCCUAAUGAUUUUGGAAUGCUUGCUCCCAAUUCAUCAAAGGUAUCGGAAGAAGGUGGGGGCUCAGAUCAUAAUUCAGGUUUGGCAUCUAUGUAUUCUGAGAAUCAAAGCAAGCAAUCAUCAAAGGCACCUUCACCUUCAACUUAUUCUCCGAUGUCAGCCACUGCGCUUCUUCAGAAGGCAGCGCAAAUUGGGUCCACCAACAACCCUUCAACUUUCAGUGCAAGUUUUGGGCUCAUGACCUCUUCAUCUUCCAUUCAAACCACUACUGCUAGUAAUUCAAACCAAAACCAACAGGGAAGAAGAAUUGAUCAGAGUAUUAAGCAGCCAGAUCAGUGUUUUAGCGCAUUAAUGCAUUCGUCACAAAGUUUUGAUGAUCAGUUUUUGAGUAAUCAUCAUCCUGGUUCAUCAAGUGCUGCGGGGCAUAACAAUAAUUUUACAAGAGACUUUCUUGGCAUGAGUAGAGGACCAUUCCUACCCCAAGAGCUAGCAAAGUUUGCUUCCGUAGGCUCAUCAAUGGGUUUGACCCAAUUCACUACUAGCGCAACCCAUCAAUGAACAUGUCAUCAAGUCCUUAAUUUCAUCAUGGAUGGAUUCAUGGAUUAUUAUUACUACUCCCGUUUUAGAUGAUCAUGUGAAUUAUAUACCGGAUAGUGUAAAAUGUGCAUGACAUCAAAUUUUGAGGCCUAUGCUCUUUUUUUUUUGGGAAACAAUAUAGCACUUUUGUGUUGUCAUAUGGUCGAAGAGGCUAGCAUGGGGGACCCACUGCAUGUUUGAGAUAUGAACUUCCAUGUUCUUCUCCUUGAAAUAAUAAUAAUACUAGUUACGUUGUUGUUGUUGU